AUGACUUCUGCAACUUCUCCAAUUAUUCUCAAAUGGGACCCUAAAAGUUUGGAAAUCAGAACCCUGACAGUGGAAAACCUUCUGGAGCCACUGGUGACCCAGGUAACUACACUUGUGAACACCAGUAGCAAGGGUCCGUCUGGAAAAAAGAAAGGACGCUCAAAAAAAGCGCACGUGUUGGCCGCUUCAGUAGAACAGGCGACUCAAAACUUUUUGGAAAAAGGGGAACAAAUUGCAAAAGAUAGCCAGGAUCUAAAAGAGGAAUUGAUCUCCGCUGUUGAAGACGUACGCAAGCAAGGAGAUACCAUGCGGGUCACCUCUUCUGAAUUUGCGGAUGAUCCGUGUUCAUCGGUGAAGCGUGGCACAAUGGUGCGGGCAGCUCGGGCACUGCUUUCUGCUGUUACUCGUCUAUUAAUACUGGCAGAUAUGGCCGAUGUUAUGAGACUCCUAACCCACCUCAAAAUUGUGGAAGAAGCUCUGGAAACGGUAAAAAAUGCAACUAAUGAACAAGACCUGGCAUACCGCUUCAAAGAAUUUGGUAAAGAAAUGGUGAAGCUAAACUAUGUAGCGGCAAGAAGACAACAGGAAUUGAAAGACCCGCACUGUAGGGAUGAAAUGGCUGCCGCACGAGGGGCAUUGAAGAAGAAUGCCACCAUGUUGUACACCGCGUCGCAGGCGUUCCUGCGCCAUCCUGAUGUAGCAGCUACCAGAGCUAAUAGAGACUAUGUAUUCAAACAAGUUCAAGAGGCCAUAGCUGGAAUCUCUAAUGCUGCGCAAGCCACUUCCCCGACCGAUGAGAAACAAGGACACACAGGAAUUGGGGAACUGGCUGCAGCUCUCAAUGAGUUUGAUAACAAGAUCAUUUUAGAUCCAAUGACCUUCAGCGAAGCUAGAUUCCGACCAUCUCUUGAAGAGCGUCUGGAGAGCAUUAUCAGCGGUGCAGCGCUUAUGGCUGACUCAUCAUGCACACGCGAUGAUAGACGAGAAAGAAUUGUUGCUGAAUGCAAUGCGGUGAGACAGGCUCUACAAGAUCUGUUGAGCGAAUACAUGAAUAAUGAAAAAGGGAACAUCUGUAGGGUAGCAGAGGAGCAGAGGAAUAGCAGCUGA